UUGCAAGGGUCUCCUAGUUACUCGAGUGUUUGCGACAAAAGGUGGCUGGACGAAAUGGCUACAACUUUGCACCUUCCAGCGAUUUCACGAGCGCUUGUCGCCCAUGAAUUUCCGAAAGUUUGGGAACAUAGCUCUCAUAGGAAGAAUUUGUCACACUGGUCUAAACAAGAUGUACCCUCGUUAAAACUCGCCCAGCAGCUGGAUACAGAUCAUUGGGCAAAGCUCAAGGGAAAGCACGUUAACUUCCUGAAUCGCAUGUCGGAUACUUUAUCGUCAAAAGAAGUUUUAGCUGGUCAUUCUCAGAAAGACCCGGAGCUGUCAAGUGCGUUUCAGAGAUAUUACUACGAUCAAAGCAGACACAGAGAAGAACUGUCGAAGAAAACAUAUACCAUGUAUUAUCAAGGCAAACCGCUAGAGAAGGCGGAAUCUUCAAGGCAAGUUCUCCAACAGACGAACGACCUUCCACGCCCCCAAGUUCAAAGGCGUCCAUCGGUUUACAAUCAACGGGCCAAGGAAGGCUUCAAAUUUUGGCUGGAAAGUGAUCCAAUGAUUAAAAGAAUUUCGUUUUGUUCGAAGUACACGUUUGGCUCAAAAAGCACAUUCCAUGGACUUGGAAAUGCUCCAAGAAAUUAGCUGAAACAACAGACAUACGAAAUUUUAAGGCGUGGUCUCGAAAAUCUCACAAGUUCAGCAAGAGUGUGCAUACAAAACAAUAAAAAAAUUAGUUAUAUGUACAAGUAACGCAGAAUAUAAAAAUGUAUGUUUUCGUUAAUGAGUGAAAAAAGAAAGUGUGAAUUAUCAUAAUUUAUUCCUUUUGUAAAACCAAUUAAAAUGAUAAACAA